AUGGCCAGCCCCGAGGCCCCCGCCGCUCCAGAGGCGGCCCGCGCGCCGUCGCCGCCGCCGCCGCGGGUCGAGCUGCUGCGCGUGCGGAGCUCCGUCAACGUCACUUCAGUCAGCCUCGCCACGGCAGUCGAGAAACGGCCGCCCACGGCGGCCAUAGACGUGAUUAAGCAGAUCGUAGAGCGCAGCGCCUCGCAGAAGCCGCGGGGCGGCGCCGCCCCAGCGGGCGGCGGCGCCGGCGGCGCCAGCGGGCGCCCCAGGGCGGGGGGGCAGGAGGAGCGGCUGUCGGCGAAGCUGCUCGGAAAGUGCGUCGGGGCAGGGGUCCGCAUGACGGGUGGGGGGUAG